AUGAGCAGCAAAACUGGAGGUAACACCGAGCCUAUGCCUUUUGUUCGCAAAUGGGGAUCGGCCAUGACAGACGAGGUUGCGGGACCUCCUCCACCUCCUGAUUAUCAACCCGAUCCUAGUACCAUGGAACGCCCAGCCCGUACACCCUCUCGCUCCCGAUCACCGCGAUCACGUUCUCGUGAACGGGAACGUGAACGUGAUAAAGAUAGAGAAAGAGACAGAGAUCGAGACAGAGAUCGUGAUCGCGACCGUGAUCGUGACCGGGAUCGUGAUCGUGAUCGUGAUCGUGAUCGUAAGCGUGAUAGAGACCGUGAUAGAGACCGUGAUAGAAGAAGGCGUUCACGAUCCAGAUCCAAAGAUCGUAAAAGAAGGUCUCGUUCAAGAGAUAGGUCCAGACGUUCUCGCUCUAGAUCUCAUGAGCGCAAAAGAGAGAGAUCUCCUGACCCGUUACCUGCUCCAGUUGGUCCUAAGGAACCUAUUAUCAAUCCAUUAUUCCGUGAAGAGCAUGCCAAAGAAAUUUUAUCUGGUGAUAAACCAGCUGAAGCUUCGCUUGAAAGAAAACGGGAACGCAAGAGUCGUUGGUCCACGAACAAGAGUUUCGUACCGGGAAUGCCUACUAUACUUCCUUCCAAUUUGACCGAUGAGCAGCGCAGUGCUUAUUUACUUCAAUUGGAAAUAGAAGAUGCGACAAGAAAGCUUCGUCUCGGUGAUUUCUCUGGACCUGUAGAUCCUGCGGAGAGGAGUCCCUCUCCCGAACCUAUCUAUGACAGUAAUGGCAAAAGGCUGAACACUCGUGAAGUUCGUAAACGCCAAGAAUUGGAGCAGUUGCGACAUGAAAAGAUCCAAUCAUUGCUGAAAAUCAAUCCUAGUUUCAAACCUCCCACUGACUACAGAGCUCCAAACAUUAGAUUACAUGAUAAGGUGUGGAUACCGCAAGAACACCAUCCGGAAAUUAACUUUGUCGGUUUACUCAUUGGCCCUAGAGGUAACACCUUGAAAAGUUUGGAAAUGGAAACUGGCGCUAAAAUCAUUAUCAGAGGUAAGGGCUCUGUAAAAGAAGGAAAGCUUGGCAGCCGCAUGGGUCCUUUACCUGGAGAAAACGAGCCUCUUCAUGCUUAUGUAACAGCAACUGAUCAAGCAACUAUUAAGCGUGCAUGUGAAAAGAUUCGUCAAAUCAUCGCCGAAGCAACUAAUAUACCAGAUGGUCAAAAUGAACUGAGAAAGCUCCAGCUGAGAGAAUUAGCUUUAUUGAAUGGUACUCUUCGUCCUGAAGAUCUCGCUGCCAGUACGCGUUGUUCGAACUGCGGAUCUGAUGAGCAUAAAACAUGGGAAUGUCCUGAUGCUCCUAAUGUCACUGCACAAAUUAUUUGCGCUAAUUGCGGAGCCGCUGGCCAUCUCACCCGUGAUUGUAAGACUCCUAGAGUCGACGGAGAGAUGGGUGCUGCAAUUAUGGAUGAUGAAUAUUCAGCUUUAAUGGAAGAGCUCGGUGAAAAACCGAAGAUUGCGAAUGGAGCUUUCGGUCUUGGAAGAGGUGGCUUCCCACCUCGAGGUGGUUACGCUGGUGGUGCUGGUCGCGGGUAUGAAGGAAUGCCGCCACCUUUCCCAGGAUUUUUGCCUCCACAUGAGUUCCAAGCUCAAUACUAUCCUACCACUACCGCACCAGUACAACCAAGGGGACGUGGUCCUUCAGCUGCUCAAAGUACUCCAGCAGCACCUACCACAGCUGCAGCUGCGGCAGCCGCUUAUAGUAGAGGUUGGUACCCUGGAUCGUCACCAUUGCCUGUGCCACCUCCACCUGUCCCAGGAGCCGGAAUCGUUCCUCCUCCUCCUCCUCCCCCGCCACCACAACCAGAUCUAUCCAAGUUAUUAGCUCCAGCUCCUCCUCCACCUCCUCCACAGUGA